AUGAAAUUGGAACUGCAACAACUAAUUACCAAAGCUAAGAAGUUGAAUUUAGUGCCUUCAGCUGACCUCAAGCUUCCAUUUUUGAUAAAGCACGUAAGCCCAAAAUGUCCAAAAUUUACAAAGUUACUUCUUCCUUUUGGCAUUGUCUACAUUAACAACAAGUUGUUAGUGGGUGUUGAGCCAAUUCAACAUGUGUUCAUUUGGGAGCCUAAACAUGGUAUCUUCUACCUCGACAAUCAAAAUCAAAUGUGCUUUCAACGCAUUGAAGAUCUUCCUUUUGCUCCCACUAAGCAGUUGUUUCAUCUUCAUGUGGAGUGCAUACGUCAUAAGGAAUUGGAAUGA